UAUUUUGAAAAAUUAUUACUUUAUUACAAUCCUAAACAAAGAUUAGAAUAGGCUACCCGUGAACGAAUAUUCAAAAUAUAUCUCAAACGUCGUAUUUAUUUUUCUUUUCCAGGUCACGCAAUUUCACACAUACCGACAGUGUUCACACCCACUCGAACGAGUUUAGUUCAUCAUGAUCAUGGUACGGUUUUCUCAUCUCUUUCUACUUUAUUUGAGUGCAUUUGUGAAGUGUUCAUGUUGAUAAUUUAACAAAUUUAAUCACAGAAAGUAGUGGCCUUUCAAAUAUGUCAAGUUUUCACAAAGUGGAAGUUAAUAAAACUGUCUGGGAAGUCCCCGAGAGAUAUCAGGCCCUUUCGGCAGUUGGCUCAGGAGCAUACGGUCAAGUAUGUUCGGCAUUAGAUAUAGUCACAAACAAAAAGGUAGCGAUUAAGAAACUAGCCCGCCCUUUUCAAUCAGCAGUUCACGCCAAGAGAACCUACAGGGAAUUAAAACUGCUAAAACAUAUGAGACAUGAAAAUGUUAUAGGACUAUUAGAUGUGUUUUAUCCAAAACACGACAACAGCCAGAUAUAUCUAGUCACUCAUCUCAUGGGAGCUGAUUUAAAUAAUAUAAUACGAACACAGAAAUUAACUGAUGAUCAUGUGCAAUUCUUAGUUUACCAAAUACUACGUGGCCUAAAAUAUAUACAUUCUGCUGGAAUUAUACAUAGAGAUUUGAAACCUUCGAAUAUAGCUGUAAAUGAAGACUGUGAAUUAAAAAUAUUAGAUUUUGGGUUAGCCAGGCCAACAGAAACAGAAAUGACUGGUUAUGUAGCAACAAGAUGGUAUCGAGCACCAGAAAUCAUGUUAAACUGGAUGCACUACAACCAGACUGUAGAUAUAUGGUCUGUAGGCUGUAUUAUGGCAGAGUUGUUAACUGGAAGAACAUUAUUUCCUGGAACGGAUCAUAUCCAUCAACUCAAUUUAAUUAUGGAAAUAUUGGGCACGCCAAGUGAUGAAUUUAUGCAAAAAAUUACCUCAGAGAGUGCGAGAAGUUACAUAAAAUCACUGCCCACGUUGCCCAAAAAAGACUUACACCAAUAUUUCCUGGGUGCGAACCCACUAGCAAUAGACUUAUUAGGACUUAUGUUAGAGCUAGAUAGCGAAAAACGAAUUACUGCUGAACAGGCCCUAGCCCACGCAUAUUUAGCUGCUUAUGCUGAUCCCAACGAUGAACCUAUAUCAGCACCAUAUGACCAAAGUAUUGAAGAUAUGAAUUUACCCGUAGAAAAGUGGAGAGAACUUGUCCUGCAAGAGGUGAAUUCAUUUGUAUAUAUACCUCCACAGAACGAAGAAAACUAAAGUGUUCUAACGUGUUUGGAGUUAGAUCUAUAUACACACGUGUAUGUAUAUUAGUAUUUUUUAUAGAUUAGCUAUUUAAUUUAAUUUGAUGCAGCGAGUUGUUAUGAAUUAAGUUUUGUUUAUAUUCCUUAAUAGCCUGAACUUUGAACAUUUUUAAGUCUUUAUGUACGCGUGUAUAUAUAUAUAUUUCCUUUAGAGUUGCUAUAUUGUACAAAUAUAUAUUUCGGAAAGUAUUUACAAUGAUUUUGUAAGAAAAUUGUGAUUAACUUGGUCUUAACACUGAUUUGUAAAAAUUAAUUAUACUUAGUAUAUCUACAUUUUGAAUUAUGUAUGAUACAAAUUUAUAAUAUAAA